AUGUUGUCAUUCUCAUGUGGCUUUCAGUUAGCCGGCUUCGUCUUUAACGUCAUUGCGAUGACCUUUGUCGAUCGUGUCCCCCGCCACAGGCUUAUUGCCUCCGGUCUUUUCGGCUGUGGUACCCUGGUCGGCAUUCUAUCUGCCUUGCAACGUUUCUAUCUUGACAGCUCGAAUCGCGCUGGUCUAAGUGCAUGCGUUGCGAUAAUCUUUCUCUUUCAAGCUACCUUCUCGCUUACAGUAGACGGUGCGACAUAUUUCUACAUAGCUGAGAUCUGGCCCUCACACGUCCAGUCCCAAGGUUUUGCCAUUGCCAUGGCCAUUUUAUCAGUCACAAACUUAAUGUGGCUACAGGCCCCGCCGCCUGCCAUAAGUGCGAUCUCAUGGCGCUGGUAUCUUGUCUUUUGCUGCAUUCCCAUUUUUGGAGCUUCGGUCGUCCUCCUGUGGUUUAAGGGCACACUGAGCAAACCACUUGAGGAAAUCGCGGCUAUGUUUGGCGAUGAGGAUAUGGUUGCUGUGUAUCAGCGGGAGCUUAACGCUGAUAAUCUGGCAGAAGAUGAUGAUGAUGGGGGUGGUAAAAGGGAACUGAAUAAGCCAUCAGUGGAGACUGUUGAGUCAGUGUGA